UUCUUAUAAUUAAUCAAAUACACCUGUGAGUGUGCUCUGCUCUCACACAUGCAGGUAAACCUGAAGGACUGACACCUCAGUGUGGAGGAUUAGUGGCACUAUUUCAUGUUAAAGGUGAAGCAUUAUCAGCCGGCUAGUCGGGUAUAAAAGCAGCUCAAGUCGUCAGUCUUGUUGGGGAAAUAUUGUACUUUCCUUCACGGCGGGUGGUGAGCAGCAGAGAGGCUGAAGAAGACUUGAGUUUAUCAAACCAGCAACACCAAGAAACAUCCUCUCCUCAGGUUACCUCGUGGUUCAGCUCUGCCUUUUCUAAAACUACCACCACCUGCCAGUUAACCAAGCCAAGCCCCCAAAAAAGCCUUCAAAAUGAUGCAAAUCGACUCGGCCAGCAACAAGCACUCCCUCAUCAACGUCAUGCACCGCUUCAUAGCAGCCGCCAACAACAUGGACGAGACCAUCAUGGUUCCCAGCCUGCUGCGAGACGUGCCCCUGGAGGAGCGUGCAGCCGGCGAGACGGAGCCCAACAACAACAGCAGCAACAACCGCCACGAUGACGACAACCUGGAACCGCCGUGCCCCAACAAGCAGAGGGACAUGUACGAGCACUACCUGCUCCUCAAGUCCAUAAAGAACGACAUGGAGUGGGGUCUGCUGAAGAGGGAGAUGAGCGGCGGCGCCAGCUUCCUGGAGAUGGCGGUGAAGCAGGAGGAGGUCAGCGGCGGGGAGCUGCAUCCCGACGACAACUCGGACCUGGAGAACCAGUUUCACUAUCACCUCAGGGGACUGUUUGGAGUUCUGUCCAAGCUCACGUUGCAGGCCGACCACCUCACCAACCGGUACAAGAGGGAAAUCGGAGGCGGAAACUUCAUGAGAUAGAAGUCACUACAUUUUUUCUUCUCUUCCCCCCCAACCCCCGGACUGCUUGACUUGCACAAUGGGAUGUGUUGAGAAGGGACCCCCCAUCUCUUCCUAAUAGAUCUCAAUGGACGGUGAACUGACCAGGGCAACCACUUUGUGACUUCUCUCACUCCUCCUGAGCACUCCAACGAUCCCCUACCUGAAACCGGUGACGCCUGCACCGACAUGUCCCUCCUUACAGUACGGGAGGUCGACACUUACGUGCACGGUGGAGGUUUUUAUUGAAUCUGUUCCCCAAAAAGUCCAGAUGAAGCGCAGCUCUGGUUUAUGCAGACACUUGCCCUCUUUUUUUUUUUUUUUUUUUUUUUUUUUUUUGUCUUUUCAUUUCAAAAGUUUGUUACCAGAUUGAGAAUAAAAAGAAGGUUUCUGACUGUAUAGGAGAAAUUGAAUGCUGGUUAUUCUGUCCCUCCUUUUCUUUUCUUUUUAAAUGAUUUUAGCGCUGAGCUGAAGGGCUCCUCUUACCUGCUGAGGUUUUAAAUCUUUCCACUUACUGUAACAUGGCGUGCCUUGACUUUUUGUAUACCCCUCAUGCCCUGUUCAGUUACUCCACCAUUGUCUCGACUGCUAAAAACGGUUCAUCAAAGGUGUUCAUUAUUCAUUUGUUUGUCCUUGGAUAUUUCAAAAUUUUAUAUUAAAGUAGAAAUAAAUAAUUGGAAACUUUGA